UAAGUUGUGAGCUACCACGUUGAGAGCGUUUGAUAUUUAAUACAGUCUUACAACUAUCUGAUUGAAAUCUAAAUGCUAAAUUAUGUCAAGUGACGAGGACAUGACGAUCAGUAAGAAACGGUACAGUGUUUUGCAGAAUCGCAAAACCUAUUGGUAUACAGUAAAUGAAAUCAAGAAUAAAUCCACUUGCCCCAGUUGUGGCCGGCCUAUAGAAAAGUUUAAGAAUUUGACAGCGCACGUAAAGCGUUGCUUUAGCAUUAAGAAAAUAGGACCCAUAUACAGACUACACGGCUAUGUGGAAUGCAAAUGCGGACUCCUAAUAGCUGAUAAUACCAAGGCACAGAAACUGCACGUAUGCAUGGGUGAAGUGCCGGCCUUUGAGCCAGAUUUGUCCUAUGUGCGCAAGUUACCGGAGUCUGACAAAGAUCAGGCACAGCAUCAGGAUCACGAGCGGGAUCGAGAUCAUGAUCGGGAUCACGAGGAGGACCGAGAUGGAGAUCAGCAACAGGCGGACGACAAUCGAAGCCAUCGGUUGGAGCGCGAACUGCUCCAGCCGAAGCCUUGGAUACGCAACUUUGUCUCGCCUUUCAAACUAGAUAUAGAGAACAUCCAUGUCAACAGCAAGCCCGAGCCGCGAGUGCGCAACUUCGAUAUGCCCGUUAGCAAGCACGAGCCGAAGAAUGUGAGCGUCUAUUCGAUUGGCACAAAUAACGGCAUUAUCUAUGUAACUGGCCGAACGUCACAAUCAGGCAAUCAAAAUGUGAUUUUGAUCAAGAAGCGAGCACUACGAUUGCCCCAGCUCAAGGGCUACAAAUGCAGUUAGUCAAUGAAUUGCCACUGAAAAGAAGGGUUUAACUAUUUAUUCUACAUGAAACGCAUUUGGAACACAUAUUUUUUAAUUUUAAUAAAUAAAAUGAAUCAUUUAUUAUAUACUUGUAAA